AUGGAGCCUGACUCAAAGAAGGUCAAACUGGACAUCUUCAGCUUUCCGACCGCCAGGGAGACACGUACGCCGGAAGAAGUGGCAGAGAGCUACGCGGAAGCCGUAAAGUCGCACCCCUUUUACGACAACGUUCACUCUGUCAUCGACUUUUACGAUAGCGGUACCAUCAAAGACGGUCGCGGGAAAAUCAUUGGUGUUGUGCUGCGAGAAGCCCUACCAAAGUACGCGACAUCCAUGGCGUCGGAGCUGCUCACAUCCGCUGCCGUGCGCACCUCGCUUCGGAGCAUGAUGUUCGGUGGAGAGUCGCCCUUGAGCGGUAUUGCUGGCUACUUUGACUACCGGGGCUCACCGGUGGAGCUGAAGUCACGCAAAACGUCCUUCACCUAUGAGCACGAGGCAGAAUGGCCGGCGGUCUUCCCUGUCAUCGAUUACGUCAGCGAGCUCUACAGGCAUGUCGCGCCGAAGCAGUGGAAAGCACAAAACGACGCCAUUCCGGAUCUCGUGCGGAUUCACGGAACUCCGUUCUCCACGCUCACCAUCAACUCCCGCUUCCGCACAGCCUCUCACACUGACGUCGGCGACUUUGACGGCGGCUACAGCUGCAUCGCUUGCCUUGACGGGCAGUUCAAAGGGCUGGCCCUUGCCUUGGACAGCUUCGGCAUUAACGUGCUCAUGCAGCCGCGCGAUGUGAUGAUAUUCGACUCGCACCACUUUCACUCAAACACGGAGGUGGAGUUGUCGUUCUCAGGGGAGGACUGGAAGCGACUUACCUGCGUAUUCUACUACCGAGCCGCCCUCGGUGAGCCGGCAAGCUACGCCGAGUACCGGCGGCGGUUGGAGAAGUCCAAGCAGGACACCAGCUUCACCCCGGCGGUGAGCAACGUGAGGGUGAAGGAGAAUGACACAAACCUGAACCGUCCAUCCCCUGUAUACCCCAUCUCUCAUUCGCCGUUUUGGGUGCCGAUGGUGGCGCAUUGCCUGCAGCACUGCGCAUCGGCGGCACAAUGCGUUCACGACGCCAUGACGGCGGAUGGGAGUCGGCUGGCUGAGGUCAUGUUUGGGGAACCGCUGUCAACUUUAGACGGCAUCCCGCUGCGCAGAGAGGACGAGAAGCUGAAGGCCAACGGUGACAGCGCGUCCAGGCCGCUUUCACGUCUGGGUGGGUUCAGCGAGACGAAUCUGAUGGUGACCACGGCGGUAGAAAAGAAGAAGUACCUCAACAGCGAGUUCCUCUCUCACGGCAUCAGCGCGCAGCUGCUGAACAUGUGGAAGCAGGCACGCGCCAAGUGGUUGGAGCUAGUAAGCAGGGAAUGGACGCACAUGAUCGCCCUCAACCCCGAGCGCAAAGACUUUUUGUGGAAGAAUCAGUCCGAGAUGAACUCGGCUUUUUUCGACCUCUGCGAGGUGGGAAAGCAAGUUAUGCUCGGCCUGCUGGGCAAGGAGGCGGCUCUGCCCAAAGAAGAGCAGGCUUUCUGGACCAUGUACGCCGUGCACUUGAAUGCGGCGUGCGCGGAGGAGCUGCACAUGCCGCACGCUGCCAUGUCACUUCACAAGCUCAACGUGAAGUUGAAGGACUUCAACUUCGGCGGCACGCGAUACUUCAAAGACAUGCCUCCCGAGGAGCAGAAGCGCCGAGUGGAGCGCAAGCAGCGCAUUGAGGAGGCACGCCGCCACGGCAUGUCGUCUGGCUCACACGAAAAGCGAGCGAACUGGCUGACUAACGACUCAUUCGACUACCAAACAGAGGACUGUAUCGUUGAUUAUGCUCAGCACAAGUGGGUGCCGCCUGCGGUUCACGCAAAGGAGAUAACGAAGAACGUGCGCACUGGCGAGCUGCCAACUCGAGAAGGUUUGGUGCGGGUGCUCGUUGUGCUGCCCGACCCGCAAAGCAAGGUCAAGUGUGUGGACUGCAAGUUGGAGGUGCCGGAAACGCUGAGAUGCUCAUCGGAGUGGGAGCGUUUGAUGAGCAGCCUGGCUGUGCAUCGUGUCCUAGCCGCUGUGCAGCGCAACCUGCAGCUGCCUGACAGCGUUACGCAGGGCAACAUCCAGAUCCACUUUGCCUUCCAUAGCACACUGCCUACGGCCGUGUACGACUUUGUGGUGCUGCAGCAUGUCUUGAGCUGCAUCCCAGAGGACGUGCUGGCCUCGGAGUAUAUCAGGCGCGCUGCAGCGCUCUGCUCCGGCUGUCUGUUUGUGGCGGAGACGGACGUGCAAUGUCGACAGUACUACACCCUCAAGUGUGCUGUUCGCUGCGACUACGACACGGUCGCCCCAUUAUUCUUCCAGCAGCUGCACCAGGCGAGCUACGGGACGAAAGCGGCACGCGUGCGCACCAAGGGCGAACUGGAGUCUCUUAUCCCCACGGUGUGCUGUGCGCGUUACAAGCUGAAAGGCUCGCCGCUGAACACGACCGUUCAUGUCGUGUCUCCCGCUCCGCCCAGCUAA